AUGGAAGCCCCGCGCGCAAGAUCUGACAUUGCGGCCAGAGUGCAAGACUUGGCAAGUCAGCUUUUCGAUGCUGCAAAAGCUUACCAGUCAGCACCGGGCGAGCCCGAUCAGAAUGUCCGCAGGCAGAUCUCGAUUACAGCGAGACAGAUUGCAUCAUUGACAGAAGACCCAAUGCAAGAUGCGUUAAGACUUUCCUCUGAGAUGGUGCUCAUGGUAGCACUGCGGUCAUUAAUGACAAUUGGCGUGUUUGAAAACAUGCCGUCAGAGGGAUCAAUUGCGCCGGCAGAACUGGCCUAUAGAACAGGGGCAGAGGAGGCUCUCCUAAUCCGACUCAUGAGAGUACCCGUGUCAAUGGGCGUCUUUGAACAGACGCCAGAAAAUCACUAUGCUCGCACGAGCAAAACCGAGUCUUACCUAGGAUCAGCUGGGUCAAUGUUCGAGACCAUGAUGGACAACUUCCUCGCCAUCAUGGUCAAGUUCCCCAAAUACCUAGAGCACUUCGGCUUCAAGGAGCCCGUCAGCCAGACCGAGAGCCCCGUCUGCUUUGCUGAAAACGCCCUCGGCGAGGACCCCUGGAGUGUCAUCAGCAAGGACCCAAAACGCAUCGCCAACUUUAAUAAAACCAUGCAAGCGCAGGACAGCAGCAUGCCGAUGAUCGGCAUCUACGACUUUUCUAACCUUCUAAGAAACGCAGAUGUCUCCUCGAAUCCAGAUAGGCCACUCUUCGUCGACGUGGGCGGGAACAGAGGCCACGUUAUCAAGGCAGUCCUCGAGACGUAUCCCGAGUUUUCUGCGCCCCGAAUGGUUCUCCAAGACCGCCCAGUAGUCAUUCAAGAGGUCGAAGAACUUGGUGAAUUACCUGGUGUUGUCAAGAUGGCGCAUAACUUUUUAGACCCGCAACCCGUCAAAGGCGCCGUGGCAUAUUACUUCCGCCGAAUCAUGCACGACUGGUCCGACGCCGACUGCCGCACCAUCCUGAAGCAGAUCGCCGCCGUCAUGGCUCCAGACUCCAAAGUACUCAUCUCCGAAACCAUCGUCCCCGAGAAAUGCGACGGCCCUAAUCUCAUGGCGGCCUGGAUGGAUCUGGUCAUCAUGUCGCUGGGAGGCAAAGAGCGUACAGAGGAGAAUUGGUAUCGGCUGGUGCAAUCUGCAGGACUGCGAAUCACAAAGAUCUGCCGCGCGGCGAUUGGGCCGCAGGCCGUCAUUGAGGCGCAGCUUGCUUGA